CACAAAUGGGCCGCAAGCGACGGAUCCAAAAUUGAAAGUUGUGGCACGUGUCCCAGCCAGAGCAAGUGCCAAAGGUAAACGGAUAUAGUAAAUCGGGGGAAUUUUAGAGAGAGAGACAGAGACAAGAGGCGGGAGCGCGAGAGACGAGAGGAGAGGGGAGAUCGGAGUUAGGGUUUUGAAAUUCGACGAAAUCGGAAGGUCAGUGGGCGCGACGAUCAUCAUCAAUCGCAGUCGCUUCUCAAGCUUUACUUUCCCACGCCUUAAUUUUCUUCUUUUGCAUUCGCGGAGAUUCCUUUUUGUGUAGCGAAAAAAAAUAAAAUAAAUAAUAAUAGAGAUAGAGCCAGCGGAAUUGGUGAGUUUGAUUUGGUAUUUGAUGAUGUUUGUUUGUGAGAAAGAGGUGUGCUUAUCAUGUGCAGGGAGCGGCGAGGAAGAAGAAGAGUGGUGUGUGAGAGAUUCGAGAGAGAGUGUUUGUUGCGAGUCUACGAGAGCGAUACCAAUUAUCUCCACUAACACCAAUUCCUUGAGUGAUAGAGCGUUUUUUCCAAUCCUAAGCUUCCAAUUCUUCAGAAUUUCCUGAUGGAGCGAAAGCUUGUGGUUCUGGGUAUUCCUUGGGAAGUGGAUACCGAUGGUUUGAGGGACUAUAUGAGCAAAUUCGGGGAUUUGGAGGACUGCAUUGUCAUGAAGGAGCGUUCUUCGGGUCGAUCUCGUGGUUUUGGGUAUGUUACUUUUGCAUCUAUGGAAGAUGCCAAGAAUGCAUUAGAGAGUGAACACUACAUGGGGAAAAGAAUGUUGGAAGUUAAAGUGGCAACACCAAAGGAGGAGAUGAGAGCCCCUGCCAAGAAGGUAACGAGAAUUUUUGUUGCUCGGAUCCCACCAUCUGUAACAGAAGGAAGUUUCCGUAGUCAUUUUGAGAGAUAUGGGGACAUAAUAGACUUGUACAUGCCAAAGGAUCACAGUUCAAAAACCCAUCGUGGAAUUGGGUUUAUCACUUUCGAUAGCGCAGAAUCCGUGGAUAGUUUGAUGGCAGACACACAUGAAUUGGGUGGUUCCACAAUUGUUGUUGACCGAGCAACACCUAAGGAAGAUGAUUUCAGGCCGGCAGGAAGAGUGCCAGCAGCAGCUGCUCAUGGUGGCUACGGUGCAUAUAAUGCUUAUAUUUCUGCUGCAACUAGAUAUGCAGCCCUUGGUGCUCCUACCUUGUAUGACCAUCCUGGCCCGCUCUAUGGAAGAGCUGAACCACCAUCUAGGGCAGUUGGGAAAAAGAUCUUUGUUGGAAGGCUUCCUCAAGAGGCAACUGCAGAAGAUCUGCGCCUAUAUUUUGGCAGAUUUGGCCAUAUAAUGGAUGUUUAUGUCCCAAAGGACCCUAAGAGAAGUGGGCAUAGAGGGUUUGGAUUCGUCACCUUUUCAGAGGAUGGUGUGGCAGACCGUGUAUCUCGAAGGUCUCAUGAGAUUUGUGGGCAUCAGGUUGCUAUUGAUUCUGCCACUCCACUUGAUGAUGCCGGUCCCAGUACAAGCUAUGUGAUGCCUGGUGCUGAAGCUCUGGGUGGUUAUGGUGGUCCUAUGCGCAGCUUUGGUAGAAUGUAUGGAAACCUGAGCUUUGAAGAUAUGAGUUGGGGGUACGGCAUGGGUGGCAUGGGUGCUGGAAGACAGUCGUCAAGAGCAGAUUGGAGGUUCAGACCGUACUAAGUCUCGGUAUCCCUGAGCAAACUUCGUGUGCGUCAUUGUUUAGAGUUUGGCCUGAAGGCAAAAUAAUAGCUUGAUGAAUCUCAUAUUCCCAUUAGAUGAACUGUUGUGCUUGUAUUUAAUUUCUUUCGGAUAGCUGUUUAAUGUUGACCUUAUCCACCCUUUCUUACUUCAAUAAUGUACAUUAUAUGAC